GUUACCAGUAUAUAAGCCUUACCAAAAGUUUGAGGACCAUUUUCUCGAAAUUGACUGGCCAUUGCGUUUUAAUAUUUUCAUGAAUGAACAUUCUAAAUGCAUACUAUCAUUAUACUAAAUCUCAUCCCGAUCUCAGAUUUCAACCCCGUGCCCUCCCCUUGUAAGAUAAGUAAAACCUAUGCAUUUGCCUCACGUGAUUUAGACAGGCAAUGAAUGUUAAGAUACUUAGAUCCAUGCUUGUGAUAUAGACGCUUGUCAAAAAUUUUGAUUGUAUAACAUAUCUGGCAACAUGCAUUUUUCAAAAUAAACAAACCGGUAUAAGAAAAUUUUGUUCAGGACCAAGCAUGGCAUUAAUAAAAUUAAUACACCGUAACUUAUCAAGACUUAAUUCUACUUUACUUCUUCGCCAAUGUUCUUCUGUGUGCUCUAAGGAAGACGCGAUUGAUUGGGAUUAUUAUACUAAUCCAUCGAACUUGGUGGAAAUUGCAUCUAAUGUAAUGGCGAGAAAUGUACACGGCGAUUUGAAGAAUGUUCUUGAAAAAUUAAAAGAACUGAUUAAAGUGAAAGACGAUCCUGUACAGUCAAAAAUUUUAAAAGAAGCUCUUACUCCUGUGUUAUUUUGGCUUCCAAAUAAAACCCAUCCUAGAGUAGCACAAAAUAAAUCUGAAGAACCUGUAACAAUAGGUAAAGUUGGUGAUAAAGUACAUUUUACUUAUUUCCCAUCCUCAUUUAAUAAUUUAACUAAACGUUUGAAUGUUCUUCGAACAAAACAUUUAGGCCACAUGUGUGGCCACAGGAGUUAUUUUUUGAAAGGAGAUCUUGCAUUAAUGGAGCAAGCUCUAGUGAGAUUUGCACUCUCUAUGCUUAGAAAAAAAGGAUUCCAAAUGAUAUCAGUUCCAGAUAUUGUGCCUAGAAGUUUUCUAGAAAACUGCGGUAUGCGAACAGAAAAUAAGCAUUCUCAGGUAUUUCAUAUUGAUAAUUCUUGGGCUCCUGACCUUUGUUUAGCAGGAACUUCAGAAAUGGCAUUAGCUGCUUAUCUUGCAGAUGAAACACAUAAUAUUUCUGAUCUCCCUAUCAAAUUAUGUGCGGCCAGUAGAUGUUACAGAGCAGAAGCAAAAAGAGGUCAAAUGGAGAAAGGGAUUUAUAGAGUCCACUUCUUUACAAAGGUAGAAAUGUUUGGAAUAACAUCAAAUGAAUCUGGAGAAGAAAGUGAAUCUCUUCUUGAAGAAUUUACAUCAAUACAAAAAGAAUUAUUUACAGAUCUAGGUUUGCAUUUUAAAAUCCAAGAAAUGCCUCCAACUGAGCUUGGUUUACCAGCCUACCAUAAAAUUGAUAUGGAAGCAUGGAUACCUACUUUAAAAAUGUAUGGAGAAAUAUCCAGUGCAUCGAACUGUACAGAUUAUCAGAGUCGUAGAAUUGGUAUUAAAUAUAAUUCCUCUUCUGGACAAACAAAGUUCUGCCAUACAGUUAAUGCUACAGCAUGUGCUAUCCCAAGGCUGCUUAUCACAAUUUUAGAAAAUUUUCAAAAUCUUGAUGGUAGUAUAAAUAUUCCAAAACCUUUACAAAAGUACAUGCAGAAAGAAGUCAUUAAAGAUGCAUUUAAAGAGAAAAUGAUUUGUAUGAAACCUACACCAUAAAAUAUUUUUUCAUAUAUAUUAUUAAAAUUUGUAUUUAUUUGAAAUUAAUAAAUAAUUUAGUUAUAUAUCAAUAUAAGGAAUUGAUGA